CUCCGCCCCUCACCGCGGCCUCCCGCGGCCUCCCCGCGGCCUCCCGCCCGCCCCGCCGCGCUCCGACCCGCCAUGAGCUGCCGGCAGCCGCUGCCGAGCGAGCGGGGAGCGAGACAGAGGAAGAGGAGAAGGAAUGGCAAUGAAGAUGAUGGUCACGUUCCCCAGACAAAGCGUAGCACCAGGAACACUGUCCUGCAGGACUCGUGGGACACUGAGAAGGUGGCUGUAACGAAGCUCACUAAGGAGCGCAGACUAAAAGGAAACAAAGUGUCCUGUGCGUCCUCCAGCAGUGACAGCGGGAGCAGCAGCAGCAGCAGCUGUAGCAGCAGCAGCAUCAACAGCCCUGACAGAGCAGAGUCCAGCCUCAACCCCAGGAUUGCAGGAUCCAGCCCUGUCUCAUCCCAGCCCUUCCACGAGCAGUCUGCACUAAGCCAAGGUCCUUACUUCCACAUCAACCAGAUCCUGAAGGAAGCCCACUUCCACAGCCUACAGAGCCGGGGACGCCUCCCUACAUGAUGACCCAGCAGCUCCCUGCCUUCUGUGAAGGGACAGCACUGUGUAGAUUUGAUAUUUCAACUUCAAAGUUUGUUAAAAUGGAAUUGCACAAAUUGCCUGUUGCCUUUUCAGUCUAUAUUUGAAAUAACAGGUUAACAGGAGAUUGUUUACUUGUGGUUUGCUGCACUAUUGCAAUGCAAAAGGGGCUUUGAAGCAAUUUUUAUAGGAUUCUUUUUGGGGUGGUUCUAAAGUACGUGGCAAGAGGAGACUGAGGAGUCCACAUGUGUGUUAUAGGAUUGCAAACUGUCCAAUUCCAAUCGACUGCCUAAUCUGUUUGUUAGCAAGUUGUUGCUUUCUGUAAAGUUCUCUUAAGCGUUCCUCUUCAGUUUUAUAAGUCCUUUUUUAAUUUCAAUAAACUAGUUAAAAAAUGA